GCAGCCACACGCAUAGCUGCGCUGGAGCCGGUGCUGGUGCAUUAAAGCUAGCGUUUCCUAUAGCGGCGAGGGCUUGCCGCCCGCUAGCGACAGUCCGCACGAUGGCUACUGCGCAGACGCAUGCGGUGGGGCUGGACAUUCCUAUCGAGGCGGACACCUAUCACAUGGGGCCGGGAACGCUUCGCAUCUCGCGCAAGGCCUUCCACGGCAAGCUACGCAGCCGGCUGCUGGAGCGGCUGCAGGCGGUGCUGCCAGAGGACCAGCGGGGCCUCAUCUUCCUGGAGGGCGGCAAGGAGCAGCACCAGUACACCUCGGACGGAGAGCCCCUGUUCAGGCAGGAGGCCUACAUGCACUACUUGUUCGGUGUGCAGGAGAACGACUGGUUCGGGGCGCUGUGUGUCAAGACGGGCAAGUCGUACCUGUUCGCGCCGCGCCUGCCCGACUCGUACGCGGUGUGGAUGGGGAAGCUGAAGAGCCUGGAGGAGUGGCGGGCCAAGUACGGCGUGGACGCCGUACACUGGGUGGACGAGAUGGCUGACGUCAUCCGGGGGCUGCAGCCGCCCUGCCUGCACGUGCUGCACGGCAAGAACACCGACAGCGGUCUGGACGUACUGCCGCCCGCCGCCCCGCCGCCCGGCAUACCGCUGGAGCAGCAACACCUGUUCCCCGCCCUCACCGAGUGCCGCGUGUUCAAGACGCCGGAGGAGGUGGAGGUGAUCCGCUACGCCAACGCGGUGGGCUCCGCCGCGCACGCCGCCAUGAUGCGCAGCUGCCGGCCCGGGCUCAUGGAGUACCAGCUGGAGGCCACCUUCCUGCACCACUGCUACAGUCAGGGCGGCUGCCGCAGCGCCAUGUAUACACCCAUCGCCGCCAGCGGCCCCAACGCAGCCAUCCUGCACUACGGCCACGCCGGCGCGCCCAACGACCGGCAGAUGUGUGACGGCGACCUGGCGCUGCUGGACUGCGGCUGUGAGUACUACGUGUACGGCAGUGACAUCACAACCACGUGGCCCGUCAACGGCAAGUUCACUCCGCAGCAGCGGGGUGUUUACGAGGCGGUGAUGACGGCGCACAGGGACGUGCUGGCGGCCAUGAAGCCGGGCGUGUCGUGGCUGUCCAUGCAGGAGCUGGCCUACCGCCGCAUCCUUGAGGGUCUGGCGGCGGCGGGGCUGCUGGCGGGCGGCAGUGUGGACGACUACCUGGCGGCGGAGCUGGGUGCACUGUUCAUGCCGCACGGCCUGGGCCACUUCCUGGGCCUCAACACACACGACGUGGGCGGCUACCCGCCCGCCGGCCCCGCCCGCUCCGCCCGCCCCGGCUUCAGCCGCCUGCGCACCGCCCGGCUGCUACAGCCCGGCAUGGUGAUCACGGUGGAGCCGGGCUGCUACUUCAACCCGGUGCUGCUACUGCCGGCGCUGGAGGACCCGGUGCAGUCCAAGUACCUGGUGCGGGAUGUGGUGAUGUCGUACCUGCAGCUGGGGGGCGUGCGGCUGGAGGACAACGUGGUGGUGACGGAGGGGGGCGCGGAGAGCCUGACACGCGUGCCGCGGUCGGUGGAGGAGGUGGAGCGCGUGAUGGCGGGGGGCGACUGGCCGCAAUGAGCUGAUGGCAGAGAUCCAUAGCCGGAUGUUUUCAUUUUCAAGAAGCAGGAGCAGCUUGAGGGCAUUGCCAAGAAGCCGGGCUUGUAAGAGAAUGCAAUC